AGUGAAAAUGGAAACAACUAUGGCGCCCGGAGAAGAACGUGCUGCUUCUGAAGUUUUGAGAGCGCUUGCUCGACAUCUAAACUGUCUCAACGAAGAUAGCAAAACCACAAGAAAACGAGCGCUUGAAGCAAUCAGAAGAGAAACUAUUGAUAAAGGGCUUUCGAGCGGCGUGUUGCAGGAGGUUUUUACGUGUCUGCUGAAGUCGCUCCUGAAAUGCCUGUCAGAUCCUAUGGAAAGAUGCAGAGAGACUGCCAUACACAUGCUUGGAGAUUUUAUUCGGUGUGUUCCUCAACCGGAGGAUUCGUUGCCUUAUCUUAUGCCCGCUUUGACGCAGCGGCUCGGCGGGAAAGAGAUCCUGGAGCCCGCGGAGGAACUUAGGCUGUCCAUGGUGGAGGUUCUGACUCUCACAGUGGAGGUGUGUGGCAGGCACCUAGCUCCCUACCUCGACGAUAUGAUGAAGAUAUUGCAGAGAACUAUUGUCGACCCUUUCCCAGACGUCAAAAGAGAGAGUUGCAAAUGCACUGUUCAUUUUGCAAAAAGUGUACCAGAACAUUUCCACAUGCAGGCAGAGAGCCUGGUCAAGCCCCUGAUGCAGACCGUCUCCCAUCAGCAUUCCCGUGUGCGUGUGUCCACCAUCGAGGCCACUGGAGCGGUCAUCCAGUACGGCACGGGGAAGAACGUGGACGAUGUGCUCUCUCACCUGGCACAGAGGCUGUUUGACGACUCACCACAGGUGAGAAAAGCUGUGACUGUGGUUGUUGGUGACUGGCUGCUCCACCUGCGAGACAGAUACUCCUACUUCCACAAGCUCAUCCCCCUCCUACUGAGUAGCCUCAGCGAUGACAUCCCAGAGAUUAGUCAACGAGCUGCUGACCUGUGGAGGCAGACAGGCGCUCUGUGGGAGCAGGAGAAUGAGGAUGACCUAAAGGACAAGAUGGACUUUCUCCUGACCCCACCUGACCUCUACCCUGCUGGAGUUGCGCGUCCGGGCCUGGGCUGCAGGGAACUGGUGGUGAGGAACCUGUCCAACCUGCUGCCGGCGCUGGCCCGCGACGUGGUUGACUGGGUGGCGGGCACGCGGGUCAAGACGGCCCAGCUCCUGUAUGCUCUGCUGCUGCAUGCUGAGGACCACUGCACCCAGCACCUGCAGCUGCUGCUCUCCACGCUGUACCGCGCCUGCACCGACCCCGAGAGCGACGUGGUCACCAACUGUCUGAGGUCUGCCAAGCUGCUGGGGACCUUUGUUAGCCCCGAGGUCUUCCUCAAGCUGCUCCUGGUCCACUUGGAGACCCCCUCCUCCUCCUCCUCCCCCCACACCCCCCUCAUGGUCCUGGCUGCUGUGCUGGGGGGCUGCUCCGGGGACCUCUUGAAACCACACCUCCAGAAGAUCGCUGAUACGCUGGUCCAACCAGAAGUCUGCCAAGAGUACCAGCAGGCGGUGUACCUGGACCAGUUGCUGUCCUGUGUGGAUGUUCUGUUGUCUCUGUGUGAGAAGGACUGUGGCUCUGUCAGUCUACAGCUGUUACAGGUGCUGGUUACUGUGCAGAGCCUCUCCACUGAGCCACAGCUCACUGACAAGGCAGAGCAGAGCGUAGUGUCUCUGUGUAAGGUCCAGGGUCUGGCUACAGUAGCUGACCUCUACAGGCAGCACAUGGGUCAGCUGCUCCAGUGGCUCUCAGCCUCUCAGAAGACCUGGACCAGCUACUCCCCCCAGAGACUGCAGCUCCAGGUCAUCGCCACCCAAUCAGGCCCAGUCAUUGGAGAGUUCCUGCCCUUGCUAAUGCCCCUUCUGCAGAACUGUCUGGACCCAGAGAGAGACCCUGAGAUGAGACUACACAUCUUCACCAUGCUGUCCAAACUGCUGCUGGACGCUACACACACACUGGACUCCCAGGGGAGGUUCUGUGAGCACCUGGAUGUGUUUCUGUUGGAGUUGCUGCUACCUAACCUGGUGUGGAAGGCAGGUCGUACUGCUGCAGCUAUCCGUACCUCAGCUCUCAGCUGUCUGCUAGCCCUGCUGCAAGGGGGAGCCAUCCCGCCCAGCCAGUUACUGGCCGUAGAGGAGAGGCUGAGCCCCCAGGUGUUGUCUGCUCUAGAGGAAGACUCUCAGCUGUCCAGACUACUGGCCUGUCGCUCUCUGUCCACCCUGCUCAAACUGAUAGGACCCAGUCUCCACCCAGAUGCCCUGAACAACAUCUACCCUGAGGUGCUGAAGCGUCUGGAUGACAGCAGUGAGGAGGUGAGGGGCGUGGCCCUCAGGGCUCUGGGCCUAUGGCUUGCUUCCCUGGGGAAAGACUACAACUCCCAGCUCUACAGUCAACACCUGGAGGUCCUGUUCCAGCAGCUGCUGCUGCACCUGGAUGACCCAGACAGCCGCGUGCAGGACACUGUGCUUGAGGUCCUGAAGAUCGGCAGUGGCAUCCACCCAGCCCUCCUUAAGCAGGAAGUGGAAGCCGUGAGGGACAAACAGCGCACCCCUGUCUACUGUGACCAACUGCUCCAGCACAUUCAACGCAAGGAUAUGGUGUAGAGAUGCAUACUAUUGGAAAGAUCUACUGAUGUGACAAUACUGGUCAAAUUAAGAUCCUAUAUCUGUAUAUAAUCUAGACAUCAUAUAGAUUAUAUUUCUAUGGCAUACCAAGAAAAAUAAACCUUUACCUGUACCUCUCACAAAUGGUCAUGUCCAGCAUGGACUCUCUCACACACACACAUACAGUAUAUACACACACACAGCUGUCACUCAGAGAGUGAUGCAAUGAUAUUGGCAUCCCGAGAUACGACUUGACACAUUGUAUCUAUGUAUCUAACAGCACUAAGGCAGGUAUCUAUUUGUUGUACCCUGUACAACAAGAAUAUUGUCCAACUGCUUAGGUUCUCUUAAAGCUCAAAACUGUUACCCUUUCCUUUUUCAAAUCUUCCCCAGAACACAUGGUUGUACUCUGUGAUUUUGUUUGUUCAUUAAUAUGCUUUUUAAUUGGUUCCUCAAAAAGUGUGUGUGUUUAUUGAACUCUUAUCAGAAAAUAUUUUAUAUGUUGAUUGUUGAUAUUUCAUUCUGUUGUGCCUUGAUUUCUAGACUGAAUUGACUGUUUAUCUUUGAUAAAUAUAAUACAUUUUCACUAA